AUGGAAGCCCUAAUCUACGAGGAAUCCCCUAUCGCCGAGUGUUUAGAAGCAGAUGCCGUUCCUUUCGAGACCGUCGUUCCCCCGUCCCCCACGCCGUCCAUCCAGGCAUUUGCACCUCGCGGACUGCCAAAACUACGCGAGGGUCUGCGGACUAUUCGCCAGACCGCCGCCAAGGUAACCGAUGUAGCAAACGAAGAGUUUCUCGAGCGAUUUCGGUAUAUCAUUGUCGCGUCACAGUUGCUGUACGACGAUCCGAAGCCUAGAAGGCAAUCGCAGGAUGAACGGACGAUCGAGCUACAACCCUUGUCCAUCAGAGGAGCAGCGAUAACUGCCGGGAUAUCGUUCACAAUAGCAUGUGUGCUACAUCUACUCCGUCGGCGGUACAAGACGUCUCAGCCACUACGUUGGUCCGGCUUUUUAACAUACACGUUACUGUUGUUCGGAGGCUGCGCACUUUUGAUCUACUUCUCUCGCCGUCAGUACCUCGAUUUCGUACGGCGUUCUGCGGGGUCUACUCUUGGAAAGGUGGUGAAGGAGUGGCACAACUUCGAUGCAACUGCUACGGAGGCACUGCGGUUUGUUCAGGAGGUGGAAAUUGUCUCUCGGGGAUAUGAAAUUAGCCAACCGUUGCCGCCCGUAUCGCGGCUCGAGGACAAGUCAGGAGCAAGCCGUUGUCGCGAGCUGCGCGCAGCCAUCGGUAGCGCAUUGAUGGGCAGUAUUAGCCACUGCGUCGAGGCCCACAAUGCAAUUCAGCCAUUCGUGCGGGAUUCCGACCUGCAGAGAUAUCACGACAUUUAUGAGGUUUCCAUGCAAGAAUAUCUUGACUCGGUGACUUUGGCAAACACGACAACAGCGGACGCUCAGAAUUCGCUAAGGGAGCUCCGUUUUCUGUUUCGAUUACAUUUGAUCGCGAGGAAGGUUUUUCUCUGCGAUUUACUUGCUCUCCAUACAGAGUCCACAUGGUAUAAUAUUGCUCAGUGGCGAAAGACGUUACAGCUCUUGCAAGACCUCGAUCUCGCCAUCGGCCACGGCACGCAAGAUCUUCAUAACGCAGUUAUCCGGGAAGAAUUUGGCGAGAAAGAUCAUAGCAUAACACCUCAAGAAUCCAAUCAGUCCGUGGAACGCCAAACCGACACAACUACCCCGCAGAAGCAAUAUGGGAAAGCACAAAUGCGUCGUUUAGAAGCUGUGGCGAACUCGAUUCGCGCCUUGAACGCCAAAGUUCACUUAAUAAGAGAAGAGCUCGAACAAUCGGCACAGGGGACCAGCUCUAUCGGACUCAGCAUAGAGGUCUGUCGCCAUUACGAGAGUCUGGGCAGUGAAAUACGACAUGUUCUGAUGGAGUGGGAAAAGGGACGAAACACCAUGUUCCUUGGUGCCGGUGGAGAUUCCGAUAAUCGUCGUUCCUCUUUAAUGUCCAACGGUAUUCAGUCACCUGGCUCGCCAUCUCCAAGCAGCCUUGGAGGUUUGACAGUUGUGGAUGGUGGACCCGCAGAAGCUUUCCGUUUGUUGAGUGGCGAAGACCAAGGAACCCCUGACGGUGCUGCCAUGGAUGAGGAAGUGUUUGAAGCUGUGGCACUGCCACGCAAAAGAACGUCUUGGGCGCACCUGACUCGGGAGGAAAAGCUCAGCAAAAUGCAGGAAGAUCGGAGGAAGCGUGCGACCUUGCUCGAACAUGCAGAAAACACAACCAACAUGUUGCGGGAGUUACAAAUGGUGAUUAAACAUCGACCCAACGCAGUACGGUCCGAGAAACGAGUGACAUCCAUAUGA